UUUUUUUUAAAUUUUGAGGAGACGGGAUGAUGUUUACGCUGAUGUCAAUUUCAUUGCCUUUUUGGGUUUUGCUUUAGUUGAGACUUUUUCCCUGUAUUUUUGUACAAACUUAUAUCCGUAUUAGUACUUUAUAUUAAAUAAUAUAGAUGCAGAAAAUGACACUUGUGGCUGCCACUGCGCGAAAAUCCUAUCAUCCCUUUAUCACCACAAGCAGGCGACAUAUUUCAUACUCAACACAACCACCAGACAUCCUCAAUCCAUUCACACUCAACAGCGCCUUUGUCUCACAAUAUGCCACCGUUCCCCGCCAUUCGGAUUCAACGGGCUCGGCGAAGUCGUCUAUCGGCGCACAUACUCCCGACCAAAACCCAACAAUCCAUCUUCCGUGGGACAAUUUGCGGGCGCAGCGGGACGCGCAGCUGAUGUACGAGCGAAUCUUCCAGAUGAAGUUUCUGCCGCCUGGGCGCGGGCUUUGGGCAAUGGGCAGUGUAGUGACGGAGGAGCGCAGGCUGUACGCGGCGCUCAAUAACUGCGCCUUUGUCAGCACUCGGCAGAUGUGGGAGGAUCCGCGGCCGUCGCGGCCGUUUGCGUUCCUGAUGGAUGCUGCGAUGCUCGGCGUCGGCGUUGGGUUCGAUACCCGGGGCGCACAGUCUGUUUUGGGCCGCCGGCGGCGCGAGUUUGUGAUUCCGGAUUCGCGCGAGGGGUGGGUCGAGUCGGUUGCCCGGCUGAUCGACUCGUACCUGGACCCGGCCGCCGACUGCCAGUGGGACUUCAACUACAAGCUCCCGAUCCGCGGGUUCGGCGGAGUCAGCAGCGGACCGGCGCCACUGCAAGAGCUGCACACCAGCAUCCGCGAUAUCCUCGACUGCACCACCGGCCGUCCGCUGUCGGCCACGGCGAUCGUCGAUUUAAUGAACCUGAUCGGCCGCUGCAUUGCGUUUGGCGACCCUGACGACGCAGAGUUCGUUGCGCUGAAAGAUUACACGGCAAACCCGCGGCGCGCGGCGUUUGGGUGGACAAGCAACAACUCGGUGCUUGCGCAAUUGGAAUUAUGCCAGCGCGUCAGAGAGAACGGCGAGCCUGGGUUUCAGUGGAUGGAGAAUGCGCGGGAGUUUGGGCGCUUGAAUGAUGGGCGCUCCGGGCGUGACGCGCUGGUGGAGGGCGCCAAUCCCUGCGGCGAGCAGAGCCUGGAGAGCUACGAGGUUUGCUGCCUGGUCGAAACCUUUCCACACAGGCACGCGACGCUGGAGGAUUUUCUGGUGACGCUGGAGAGCGCCGUGCUGUACGCUAAGACUGUCACAUUGCUGCCCACGCACUGGCCUGAGACCAACCGCGUGCUUCUGCGUAAUCGCCGCAUUGGCACCAGCGUCUCUGGCAUUGCGCAGUUCAUUUCGGCACGCGGCGUUGGAGAGCUGCACCGGUGGCUGAAUAUUGCGUACGCGCACGUGCGGAAUAUUGACCACAGGCUGUCGCGCGCAAUGGGCGUCAAGCCUUCUGGCUCUGUGUCCCUGUUGGCUGGCGCCACACCUGGGAUGCACUACCCGGAGUCGCGCUUCUGCAUCCGCCGUCGCGCAGGGUAUCGUGUGCAGCCGGAUUCCGUUGAUCUCUCGGCGGCGGUUGUGGAGUUUCCUGUGGAUCACGGCGAGGGCAUGCGUGGGCUCAGUGAAGUGUCAAUGUGGGAGCAAUUGGCCCUGGCAGCGCUGCUGCAGAGGUGCUGGUCGGAUAACCAGGUGUCGUGUACAGUGACUUUUGAUCCGGAGACGGAGGGUCCGCAGAUAGCACGGGCGCUGGAGUAUUAUCAGUAUCAGCUUAAGAGUGUUAGCUUUUUGCCAAGAGUGCCUGGGGGAGCCGCGUUUCCGCAGAUGCCUUAUGAGGCUGUGGAUGAGCGGCUGCGGUUAGGCGAUAUGAUUGGGCCUGCUGGGGGUGAGCCCGAGCCCGAGCGGUAUUGCAGUACGGAUACAUGCUUGUAUUAAGGUGAUUACAUUUUUUUAAAUGCUCACAUGCAUUUUUCUUUAUAUCAUGGAGUAAAAUAUUCCUUUCUAUUUUGAAAUUGUCCACACGCCUUGACUGCCUUUCCUUAUUGUCUUUUCAGCACAGUGGGUCAUUCUGUCGCUUUUUUACAGAUAAAUAAUACAAACGAGGUUUUGUUUUUGUUUUUGUAGUUGAAGUUUUGUUUCUUUAUUUUGUCAUCAUUUAUAUUUACAAAUACAUUGCCAUAAAUCGGGCAGGUCCUUUUUUUACACAAUUAAUUAAAUACCAGUAAUCAUGUACACAUACAUACG